CUCGAAAGUCGAACUCUCAACUUCAACCUCGUCUGCACAAGUAAUCUUUCUUUCAACACCACAAAAGAAUAAAAGAUGUCCCGCGAAGCAUACCAAGUUCCUACGGCCGUCCCGACCCCGGGCAGAGACUCCUUCCAAACAAACUUAUCCGGAGAUGGCCCCGCGAUCAACUACUUGUGCGGUGACUGCAACGCGAAAGUCCCGUUGAAGAGAGGAGAUCCUAUCCGUUGCAAGGAGUGUGGUCAUCGCGUGCUCUAUAAAGAGCGAACGAAGAGAAUGGUCCAGUUCGAGGCAAGAUGAUGGGGGUGAUUUUGAUGGAAUGACUGGAAGGAAAGGAGGACAUGACGGAACUUGACAGACGAUAUCAAAACAUUGCAUGGUUGGGCGUCCGGUGUCACAUUGAAAUGGUUCGUGGUGGCGC